UUGUUUUCUUUAUGUACUCCUUGUGGAAUAUCCUUAUGCUACAUGAUCGCUUUAAGCUUGAGUCUAGACACUUAAACUCUUAACUGCUAAACAGCAGGUUAUGCAUGAGUUACUUCUGUCUUGUGACUGUGUCCAACACAUGAUGCCUUAAGUCUGGAUUAUAGCAAACUGCUGAACAAGAAUGCCUUCUAAAAAGCUGUGGUAUAGAUUUUAGUGACAGUGAAAGCUAGAAGAGUUUUAAGCUCCUUCAAAACAACAAACACUGUGUGCUGUUCUCCUAUAUUGGCCAAAAAAAAAAAAAAAAACACUUUAUUUCUCCAAGGCUCCACAGGAAGAUUCCAAACAUCUUAGAAGCUGAAUUUGUUCUUGUAAACACUUAUGGACUAUUUGUUCCUUAAGCAAGUUGCUGCAGUAGCUGCUUUUACUAGCCAGUUAACUGUCCUCUAAUGGAAUAGAAAAUCUUUUUCCUUGUGUUUAAAGAUACCAGUAAACAAAAACACUUGUUUUAUCUUAAAACUGUUUUAUGCUAUUUCCCAGUCUUCACACAGGAAAAAGUGGACUUUAGAGUGCUUACCGUAAGUCAGUUCUGUCAGUAACUGGUUGGGAUUUUUUUGUUUGUAAGCGCUUCUCUGUUUGUUCUCUUGGUAAUAAAUAACAAAAGGAACAAAUAAGUUUCAAAUUCAGUUAUGACCAUUCUUCUCUGCUCAGCUGCAAAAUGAGAAGCAUGCAUGUUAUUCUGCAGCUUAUAUCUGUAUUAUGCAUUUUAGAAGUGGCUGCCUCACUUUUGGGAGAAAGCAGAAGCUCUUCAGAGAAAGCUUUCCACAGGGAGACAAGAGAACUGAAUGCUCCGUCUCCGAUAGAUUGUAAGCUGAGCAGCUGGAGCAAAUGGGGGCCCUGUGACCCAUGCACACAUCAAAGGUUUCGGUCUAGAAAUAUUGAAAAAUUUGGACAGUUUGAUGGAAAAUCAUGCCUGGAGACUCUGAGAGAUGCACAGAGCUGUAAAACCAGCGAAGUCUGUCCUGAAGAACCAGAACCACACUGUGGUACUGACUUUCAAUGCAGUUCUGGUCGAUGUAUAAAGCAACGCCUUGUGUGUAAUGUAGAUAAUGACUGUGGAGACUUUUCUGAUGAAGAUAACUGUGAAUCAGACUUACGAUCGCCAUGCCGUAAUCAUGAUAUUGAUGUGUCAGAAAUUGGCAGGACUGCAGGGCAAGGAAUCAAUGUUUUAGGAAUGCAGCCAAUGGCCACUCCGUUUGACAACGACUUUUUCAACGGCCUUUGUGAAAGAGUGCGUGACGGGAACACGCGGACCUACUACCGCAAGCCAUGGAACGUUGGUGUUCUCAUUUACGAUACAAAAGCAGACAAAAGCUUUGCAGCUGAGUACUAUCAUGAUCGUGCAGAAAUGAUCCGAGAGGUUUACAUAGAAAAACAAAGAAAAUUUUCAGUUGAUCUGUCUCUGAAAUACACACCUACUGAGGCAAGCGACAAAGAAAUUGCAAAAGGAAACUUCAGGUUUUACUAUAGCAAGAAUUCAAGUUUAAGUUCUGUCCUGCAACGCAUCACAGAAAGGAAACAAACCUUUCUGCACGUAAAAGGAAACAUUCAGCUUGGAAGAUUCCAAAUGCGAAGUCGUGAUGUUCGUCUCACAGAUAGUUUCCUUGAUGAUCUAAACUUUCUGCCUGCUGAAUAUGAUAAGGGGGAAUAUUUCAAAUUCCUAGAAGAUUAUGGAACUCACUAUGCGGUCUCUGGAGCUGUGGGAGGAAAAUAUGAACUUGUGUAUGUGCUGGAUGAUUAUGCUAUGUCUCAAUCAGGUAUCACCGUAGAAGACGUAAAAAAAUGUCUUGGCUAUCAUUUAGAUGCCAGCAUAGUAUAUAAAGGAGUGAAUGCCAAUCUUGAUAUUAAUGAUGAUAGAUGUAAAAAGAUUACGGUGAAGGACAAAUUACAACAUAAAGAUGAUGCAGUCAUUGAUGAUGUCAUUUCCUUAGUUGAUGGAGGGAAGAUUGAUUUUUCAGUUAAAAUAAAAGAAAUGUUACUGCGAGGAUUAAAAGCAGUUAAUGUAGAGGAUUACAUAGAGUGGGCUAAGUCAUUGGUUGAUGCUCCAGUAGUGAUUCAGCAACGACCUUCUCCAAUACAUACGCUUGUUCCAGUUACGAUAAGAGAUGCAUAUUUAAAGAAACAAAAUUUGGAAAGAGCAAUUGAGGACUACAUUACUGAAUACAGUGUGUGCAAAUGUGAACCUUGCAAAAAUGGAGGCACCGUUGUGCUGGUAGAUGGAGCCUGUACGUGCAUGUGCUCUAGCUACUUUAAGGGAAUUGCUUGUCAGAUUCCCAAAUCUACACUAAUUAAAGUUGUCACUGAUGGCGGCUGGAGCUGUUGGAGUGCCUGGUCCGCCUGCGUGAAUGGAGAAAGCACUCGAACUCGUGAGUGUAAUAACCCUGCACCAGAAGCUGGUGGCAGACCAUGCCAAGGAGAAAACAUUGAAAAACGGCCCUGUGGUGAAGCAAAAUAGUUAUGCAGCUCAGAACAG